CCCUAUUGUGUUGUAAUAGUUAUUUUACAAUAUUGACAUGUAUAAGGAUAUACUGUACAUUAGGAUACAUUCUAAAAGGUAUACAGUAAUAAUGACAGUGUGAUUUGAACCAUUACCAAUGACUUUAUAUAACCAGUGGGCAUAGUAUACACUGCACCCCAGCGUUGAUAUGCACACAUUCAAAUAUGUUUAAUGAUUUGUGGGACUAUUUUCUGCCUCAUUUUACAUAGUUAAGAUCAACUGCUUUAGGUUUCGAAAAGCACAGUUAGUUAAAGCUUAAGGGCAUGGCUUACAAACAUGAAAUAUAUCAGCUUUUAUGGAAAUACAGUAUAUACUGUAGUCAUGGAUAGACUGAGGCAUUUCAGGGAAUGUAAAUCAAUUUUGUUUUCUGACAUUAGGGGGUGGUAUGUAGAUUCACUACAGUAAAACGGAUACAGUAGUUAGGGGACAGUUGACUUGAGGUCAUGUUAUGUUAUGUAGCCCGCUGUCGGUCCCCAAAGUUAUAAACUACACACAUGCACGUCAUGCAACAGUCGUCGCAUAGGCCACGUGAGUUAACCGUGCAUGUAAAUGCACUCCAGAGCGCACCCUUCAUAGAGUAAAACAAUUCACUUGGUCAAGUAUAGCUGCUUCCUUUGUCCUGAAUUCUGUCAUAUGAAUACAAUUUGGUUUGGAAAUACGCAUUUAAGACUCAUUAGAGUGUAUCGAGUCCGUGUAAAGGUGUCAACUAAAAGCGUCCAUGUGAUCGGAAUUCACACCCUGCACAAGGACUAGAGGCACGCAAAGAAGGAGAGAGAUGGGGGGCGAUCGUUCAAGAUAGGAGAGCGAGCGAUACAGUCCUUGGAGCUAGCGAUCGAGGUGCACUCGGGGCCUGCCUGUGCUACAGACGGCCACGGACCCUGCAAACUUUACAUCUGAAGAAAUAACGCUGUGCGGAGUGCCGACUACUGACUACCCUUUUAUGGAGGACCGACAUACCGGAUGUCCCUCUCACUGAUCUUGUCUGUGGUGACUCUUUAAAGCCCCUCUUCCUCCUCCUCCUCUUCCUCCACCACCAUGUCCCAGCUGCUCCACGUGGAGAUCCCCAGCUUCGGCAGCACCGUGCUGGGCUCCCUCAACGAGCAGCGCCUGCUGGGCCAGUAUUGUGAUGUCUCCAUCCUGGUUAAAGGCCAGCCCUUUAAGGCCCACCGGGCUGUACUAGCCGCCAGCAGCCUCUACUUCCGAGACCUGUUCAGUGGCUCAUCCAAGAGCCAGUUCGAGCUGCCCUCAUCGGUGACUCCCGCCUGCUUCCAGCUUAUAUUAUCCUUCUGCUACACGGGCAAGCUGACCAUGGCAGCCAGCGAGCAGCUGGUGGUGAUGUACACCGCCGGGUAUCUUCAGAUCCAGCAUAUUGUGGAGAGGGGCAUGGACCUGAUGUUCAAGGCCAACUCGCCCCACUGCGACUCCCAAACGGCUGCUAUGGAGGAGCAGCAAUCAGGCUCAGAGCCACAGAGUCCCAGCAACAACACCCUGGCUGGGGCAGGGACCUCCAUUCUGGGGCCGCAGGGCUGGUCCCCCUCCCUGGUGCUGCCCACACGGAAGAUCAAACUGGAGGGAUGCGAUCCGACCCCACUGGGGUUGCCCAGCCUGAGUCAUCAUAAGAGAGGGUCCUCUUCAUCUGAGCUGGGGGGACGGCUCUCCAGGGGAAGCUCAUUGUUUUACACAGGUUCGGUCGGGACCACCAUCUUCCCGGGGAUGCAGCCCUACCCAGUGGCCGGGGGAGAGAGGUCCAGUCCUGGGGCCUCCAGCCUGCCCACCACAGACAGCCCUACCUCCUACCAGAACGAGGAUGAGGAGUUUGAGGAAGAACCGUACGACGGGAUCACGGAAGAGGCCUACAGUCAGAUCUAUGGGCGCUCAGCCAACCCAUACGGAAUCCAGGACAAGCCAGAGAUGGCAGCCAUGCCCCUGUCCCUGGAGAACCGCUCCUGUGUGCUGGUCCGUAGGGACCUGGUGGCCCUGCCCGCCAGCCUCAUCAGCCAGAUCGGAUACCGCUGCCACCCCAAGCUCUACACCGAAGGAGACCCGGGGGAGAAACUGGAGCUGGUGGGAGGUACAUCUGUGUUUAUGACACGGGGCCAGCUGAUGAACUGUCACCUGUGUGCUGGCAUCAAACACAAAGUCCUACUGCGUCGCCUGCUCGCCACGUUCUUCGACAGGAACACCCUGGCUAACAGCUGUGGAACUGGCAUCCGUUCCUCUACCAGUGACCCCAGUAGGAAACCUCUGGACAGCCGUGUGCUCAAUGCUGUCAAACUCUACUGUCAGAACUUUGCGCCCAACUUCAAGGAGAGUGAGAUGAAUGUGAUCGCCGCUGACAUGUGCACCAACGCGCGGCGCGUCCGCAAACGCUGGCUGCCCAAGAUCAAGUCCAUGCUACCCGACGGCAUGGAGGUCUACCGGGCCGGUGUGGGGGUGGCCGCUGGUGUGGGCCUGGGCCUGGCCCUGGGAGCCGCCGGACCCGGGGUGGUGCUCCCCUUCGAAACCGACUUCAAAUCCCUGACCCCCUCUAGCCUUUCCCUGGACCAGAGGCUGUACCCGGAACUCAAGGACCCACUCAGGACUCACGCCCUGUUGGACAUGGGCAGCCCGGGAUCGGGGGUGGCUGUAGGGGAGGACGUGGACGCGGAGAUCGUUGGUUCCCAGGCAGGAGGGGAUGAGCAGCAGGAGGAGGAGGAGGAGAUGGGGUUGGACGGUGUGGAGGGAACGAUGAUCCCGGGAGGCGAGGCCGGAGAGCGGGGUAACAUGGCCCCGGGACAGGAAGGGGAGGAGUUUUGAGACGGCCUGAUAGUGAACGGGCAGUGAAUAUCCCCUGACUACUGUCUCCGAUCCAUCCACCGCCACACUUUGUCUAUCGCUUGCUAUUUCUUUUGUCCUCCAUCUCUUGUCCUCCUCCACGCUCCCCAAAGGGAACCUCUCAGCACGAGAAGCCAUGCUUGCAGAACUUACAGUGCUGUGCAAUGAACAUACACACACACACAAAAACACACACACUGCAGUGUAUUUUUUAGCAGGACAGGGAGUACAAGAAGUACAAGAUUUUUAAUGCUGAACAGACACAGGCAUUGCUGGGGAACAAGCAGAAUGACUUAGCGAAUAUAAAAAAUCUCUAAUUUAAAAAUGGAAAAACAUUACUUUACUAUUUCUCCAGAUUAUUUUUUGUGUUCUGGUUCAUCUUCAAGACCCAAUUGUAGAAAACUGAACAAAGUAACACUGUUGUGUUAUCAUUCCCGCAUAGUAGUAGAACCUGCUACAUAACAGUUUCAUCUAUGGAAUAGAUCAGAUAAGACUGUAAAAUGAUAGCCCUCUUCUUGGAAUAGAUAGAUAGAUGUAUAUGAUCAUUUAAAACACAAUACAACCACACAUGUGGAUAAUGCAUUUAAAAUCAUCAAGUUUGACACAAAAAAAGUUUGAAAACAUAUCUCCAUCCUCUUAAAUAAAUGGUUAAAACAUAAACAUAGUAAUCCUAGGGUAGACAGUAGACCUAAACUACCAGGCAUACUUGGGUUACAGAUAUAAUAAUAAUGAAUACAUUAUUGUUUAACCUGUAUUGCACUUUUCAAAGGAAAGCAGAAUGGGUUCUGAAAAUAACAUCAGUAACACUGAAGCAGCACACACUGCACUGGCUGUGUGAAAGACUGAACGUACAGUUCUCUACAGGAACAACACGGAUCAGUGUAUUUAACACAAAUGACCAUGUUCUUUCUUUAAGUGCCACGCAAAUUCUUGGAAGAUAUCAUAAUGAUCUCAUCUCAACAUACAGAGCAACAAAUCAGUUGAACAAUUGCAUGUGGGGGAAAAACCAAGCAUGUGAUUUUGUGAAAGAGAAGAGAAACUUUUAACCUCUUACCCUGUUGCUUAAGGGUUGUGGUUUUCCAACUGAUUGAACACUUGAUCUGGAAAUAUGAAGGGCUUUUUUGUCUAUGGAUCAUCCUUAUACAAGAUGAUUUCUUCUAUUAGCCAGUCAAUGCAAUGCCUGUGUCUUUUGGCGGAUAGACUCACGUAUAUACACACACUGUUCCCACACACCUUGUGAUUUUAACCUCUGAUACAGUACAGUUGCAUCUGAGACACUGACCAACCAGCUUAACAGUGUUUGCAUCAUUUAGCAUACCUUUACAAAAAAACACACAGUAUCACAAUGCCAGAGACACAAACAUGCACUAACACAACGCUUGCAUGCAAAAUGACUACAGAGAAUCAACAACAACAACAGAGCCAUUUAUGAAUCUGCAUACAGAAAACAAUCAGCAGUUGCCUGAAGAUAGAUCAUUAAUACUCCAAGGAGGAGGGACUGGUGUCUGUGUUUCUCUUCGGAGUCAUGCGUUUGGCCUACGUUUGGCCUACGUUUGACCCAGAUUAGUGUAACCUGGGUUUGGCCUUGGCCUGGGGUGGAGGCAUGCUAGAGACACGCUGAGAAGAAAGGAUUGACACCGACUGCAGCACCCAGCCUACAGCUUCCUUUCAUCCUCCAACAACUUUUGUUGUUGUAAAUUAUUGAAUGAAACUAAUAUGAGAAAUUUCUUCUGGCUUAUUUGAAGAGGUUAUAUGGAGGGUAUUGAUGGUAAACUUAUGGAGCUGCUGAGAUAUGACUGUUCUAAAGAAGUAACUGACAUUUGCCCCCUUAUCUUGGAAGGUUUGAGGUUAGUGGACUUGGACGGGCGGUCAUGCUGACGACGACAGUUCGGGAGAUGAGAGACAAAAUGUUGCACAGCGGCAUUUUGUCGCACUUUUUCUGUUCUAGCAGUUCAUUUUUGCCACAAGUAGGGAGUCUAAAUGGAAGGGUUGCUUGGGGUAACAUAUUGAUAGGCCUAUCAGACACCCACGCGGUAUGUAUGUUAUAGUUUAUGAAUGUGUACUUAAUCUAACACCUGGUUAAAAACAUGAGGUUUAAUCAACUCCCAAAACAGUCAUUUGAAUGGACAGCCUUUUUUUGUUGUUUUCUAAUUGCAUGAUGGGAAAGCACAUCAUGUUUGUUAGAUAUAAUUGUUCUGGAAACAUCUAUAUUUACUAAAAAACAAGAUUGAUCUGGUUUCAGAAACAAAUCUAUUUUUGUCCCCAAUGUCAUUCGACUACAGCUUACACUGGGCCAACUUUCAAAACGCUGGCAUGCUUGGGAUAACAUAACAAUGAAACAAGAGAGAACAAACAAGAUCACAUUUGCUCUUUUCCAAUGCUUUAUUAUAUGUGCCAUUUUCAAGAUUGGGCCAGUUGUGUUGUGUUUAAUAUAUAUAUAUAUAUGAUCCUGUCGUAUGGUUCUUUUGGGUAAGCUUUAGCAUGGUCCUUUUUCUGUAAUCAGGAGCCCAGAUUUAUAAUUGCACUAGCUAGGAAAUGAGAAAACAAAUACGUUUACAAGAGUAUUUUUUGAGAAAUGUGACCUGCAUGGAAGGGGGAUGAGUGAAUGGUUGUUUGAGACUGUGGGUGAAUGUAAACUGUAGCACUGCUUCAGCUGGUUUCUAGCCCUGGUAGAGCAUAGGAACAGUACUGUACAUUAAAGUACAGGAUCUUGGUGCCACAAGAUACAAUUAUUUUCUAGCAGCUUGUACAGUGUUGCAUCUGCUCAUAUAAAGUGGGCCGGAGAAUGGAAUAACAUUAACAAUUUUUUGAAAGAAAGGUGACCGACUUUCCGUCUUAAGGGCACUAGAGCUGCUGUGUGAUUUCAAUAAAGAAGGAUGGUGAAGAUGUCUGCCGAUGUCGGUGAAUACCCAAAUAUACAGUCAAACUUGCCAUGUUUGUUGGCCUAUUGAUAGGUUGUUCACUUAUUCUAUCUACAUCCCUAAUAAGAAACCAAUUAUGUUCCUUGUUCUUUAUCCCAUCUAUAAUUAAACCUGCUUGUUGCAACUCAUUAAUAAGAUAGGACAGAUAGACGGUCUGAAUACCAAGCCUGUAAUAUAAGUAAUAAAUGCUUUCUCCUUUGGUCGAUUUGCAUGUGCAACCACUACUGGCUCUAAGGGGAAGUGAAAUGCUUUCCAGUGCAAUACUGUCAUCAGGUAGGGAGUUUCCUUGUGAUGGGAAAUGUUGAUACGUGUCCUGUUCUGAAGAAGGGGCGGGGAUCAGUGCCUUAAUCGAGACUGCAGGGGAAGAGUGUAUUGUGCUUAAUCAUCUGUUUGUUUUGGGACUUCGACAAAUAAUUAAACUAGCUUUAUUAGAGUCAUGAUGACAGAAUGGAGAGCCGGGUAUUGUUUUUUAUGUACAGUUCUGAAUGCUAAGGUCAAAUAAGUGCUGACAAUAAAUAGGCUUUGUUUUCACAGAAUACUUUGGCAGGCGAGGUUAGAAUGUUGGAACGUUGGAGGGGGCUUAGAAAAGUAGCCCUUUACUGUGUGAUCCUGUAAGCUAAUAAUACAAAUAUUAAGACUCUGGUAUGGAGCGAUUUCAGUGUCAACAGAAAUUGUAUUUGAAUUCCAUAAUUUUUUAUUCGUAUUAGGAUAUUACAUUUGAAUUUAAUAUUUUUGCAUUUGUAAUGCACAAAUGCAUAAAUUGAACUUGUAUUUCAUGAUUUGAAACUGAAUUGAAUGAAUAUUGCAUUCAGUUUUAAAAUUCUAUUUCAAUUCAUUCAGUUUCAAUAUGGUAGAUAUUGCAUGCAUUGUCUGUUUAUCAAGUUUACAAACUAUAAUUUCAAAUUCAUCAAUGUUUCAUAUAUUCAAUUUCUCAGAUGAAUUCAGAUUUAGUUUUCAAAUUAAAUUCUCUAAAUGUAGAUUCAAAACUACAGACAACAUCCUUGUACUUUGCCAGCCAGGAGAGGUAGAGGAGAACAGAUGCUCUCUGUGGUAAACCAAAGCUUCUGACAGGUUUCUAAAGCUAAUUUUCUUCCUAUGAAUUUGUCUCAGCUGUUUUGGCUAUAAGCUAUUAUAACCCCAUUCCAGGAAGCUAAGACUCUCUGGAACAUGGCUUCUGUUCCCGUUUAUGAUGAAUCACAGGUGCACAGGACACGUUAAAAGGGAGUGUCAUACAAAAAAUGCUAUUUGGUCCCCAUAAGAAUAUAGUAGAAUAGCCCUGUCAUAGCUAUUCUAAGGAUAGCCUUUCCACUCCCUAUUUCUUAUUGUUCUUGUGACUGACUGGAUUAGAACCAGGUCUCUUGCAUGUCACAAGACUGUGUUAGCCCUCUAAGCUGAAACUCAAAAGGGAUGAAUUCAGGAAGCUAACACAAGUUUUAAUGUGUUCAGCAAGGUUACUCAUCAAAAGAGCGUGGUUCUUCGAACCACCUCAGUUACAUUUCACCCCCCUUUGACCUCAUACUCAGAGAUCACGGUACCAAUAUAGCUAACUGGGUUUGAAAUCAGGCCUACUGCACAACACAUUCUGUGGCAAACAGAAGCAGAAGGAUCUGUCCACCCCAUUUAAUGAGAGUGCAGCAGAGUUGGUUUGGUGAUCCAUGCAUGUGAUGAGCAACCUUGCCUGAGACCUGAAGACGUGUUUGUUUGACUGAUGGGGUUCUAACCCAGGGCUCCUGUGCGCCAGACAAUGCAAUUUUUCAGGUCUCAGACAAGUUACUCAUUAUGCGAGCGUGGUCACCGAACCACCUGUCUUACACUUCACCCCCCUUUGACCUCCUCCUUGAAGAGACCCUUCCAAGUCACAGAACCAAUGUCUAGGCUUUAGCUCAGCAGGCUAACACAGUCAACCCAGUAAAUCACGUUACUCUUGUAAUCACUAUCCUUGCCAGAGACUUGAAACUAACACGUCUAACACAAACUCAGACAUGUCAAACUAACACAUCUUUAGGUCUCAGGCAAGGUGGCUCAUCAAAUGAGCGUGAACCACCAAACAUGAGUAACCCGAGUUCGAGUCUCAGUAUGAGCUGAAUCAUUGGGAAGCAGUAAUGUUAAAGGAAAAAUCCACCUAAAAAUGAUAUUUUUGUAUUUUUUUCAAUAAUACAGUACCAAAAUGUUUUGCAUGUCAGCUGUUAACUUUUCUUUCAAGAUAUUGGACUUUCAAGAAGUUAAGUGUCACUUGCCACAUCAUCAUGAUGAUGCAAAAUGAACUUCUUGAAUUUUUACCUAUAAUCAAAUCAAAAUCUAUUCAAAUUUCUAGGCUUUAGCUAAAUGGGCUAACACAGUCUUGUGACAUGCAGGAGAUCUGUUUCAAACCUUUUCACUCACAAGAGAAAUAUUAAAUAGGGAGUGGAAAGGCUAUCCUUAGAAGGGCUAUGACCGGGGCUAUUCAAAUAUAUAUUCUUAUGGGGGCCAAAUUGUGUUUUUUGUGACACUCCUUUCUUACGUGUCCUGCGCAGCCUGUGAUCAUUAUAGAGGUGAACAGAAGGCACGUCCAUGUUCCAGACUGUCUUAGCUUUCAGGAACCGGGUCAUAAUAGCUUAUAACCAAAAAAUAUUCAAACGCUAGAGCCAAAUUCAUAGAAAGAAAAUCAAUUCAACAUGUCACAUUGGCUCUAGAAGCUUCCGUUUACCACAGAGAGUGUUUGAUUCUAUCUGUUCUCCUCUACCUUUCCUGGCUGGGAAAGUACCAGAAUGUUGUCUCUGGUUUUGAAUCUGAAUUUAGAGAACUUCUGCCCCUGAACAAGGCAGUAAACUCACUGUUCCUCGGGCCGUCAUUGAAAAUAAGAAUUUGUUCUUAACUGACUUGCCUAGUUAAAUAAAAGUAAACUAAAAUGUGAAAAAAUGAAUUUGAAAACUAAAUCUGAAUGCAUCUGAUCAUUUGAAUGUAUGAAACUUUGAUACCCUUGAAAUGCUACUUUGUCAAAUUGAUACACAUACAAUUAAUGCAAUAUCUACCAUAUUGAAACUGAAUGUAUAAAUGUUGAAUUUUAAUAUUCAAUUCAAUUGAAAUAGAAUUUAAAACGGAAUGCAAUAUUCAUUCUAUUCAGUUUCAAAUCUUGAAAUACAAGUUCAAUUUAUGAAUUCAAUGAUUACAUUUGUGCAUUACAAAUUCAAAAAUAUUAAAUUUAAAUUAAAUAUCCUAAUACAAAUACAAAAGUAUGGAAUUCACACACAAUUUCUGUUGACACUGAAAUCGCUCCAUAUUCGGGACUUUAGCUCCAAUCCAUUUGCCUUCUUGAAUUGCAGCACAGUAUGUGUCAACACGAGAAACACUAUACUGUGACGUUUUGCAUGGGCAUGCUUCUAUAGGUCUAGCAAUUCUGACAGGCUAGAAUAGUGGCAUAUUAUCACAUACACAGUAGAUUAGAAACCUUUGUUAGUUUCAUGCUACUUGAUCAAAUAAUGACUAAGUUUACUCCACUUCUUGUCAGUGGUGAUCUAUACUACCUGAGUAGCAGAAUAUUUAGUUAUUGAUGUUAUUUGUUAUUUCAAAACCACCUGAAUAACAUGUAGACUUGAUCAAUCUGAAAUAUAUAUCACACACUCAACAGUUAUCACCAUGAAUGAUCACAGACUGGAAAGGCUUUAAAUGAGCCAUGGAGUAGGCUACAGUAGUACAAACUUUACCCAUAGGAACCGUUGUUUUUAUACAUUGUCUUUGUUUAAUGCUUCAACCUGUUUAUAUCUGAUUCACUUCCAGCCUGCCUUACUGCAUCUGUUGUACCUAAAUCUUUCCAAGCCACACAACAAAAAAUUGGGUCGAAGUUAUUAAGAAAUUAUGUUGCGCUAGAAAACUGAGUGAAACUCAGAGAAUGUUGUGGCUAACCUAAAGAGAGUGAGCUCUGUUUGUGGUUGCUGAAAAGAAUGCUGUCCCAUAUGUAUGUAAUAUAAUGUUCUAGUUUACAAUGUUUACUUAGUGUAGCACUUUGCUAUUUCUUCAAAUAGAGGCCUAAUCUGAAACGGCAUUUUAGUCCAACUUGUCCAACAAAACUGUAUGAACACAAUGAGCAGGAAAGAUUGUGGGAUUGUAGCGAGUGGGUGCUGAGGUCCACCAAUUUGGCAACGCGCUAUGGAAGGUCUGCACACAGUAGCCUACACUGAGCUGUUAAGUGUUCCCCGUACCAACUGCUCUGUGUGCCAUUUGGUUACCCAAUUCCUACAGAACCCACUUAUACAGUGCUCAUUCCUCUAGUGUGGUGGUCAUGGAAGGAGAGGUUCUACACUAACUACAGGUCCUUUCGUAUGGAUUGCCGAUAUGACAAAAUCUGUCAUGAAAUCCCUGUGUGUUUCUUCUUCGGAUCAGUGACGAAAUAACAACAGGUCUUUGUUCAAUGACUGUAAUAUAAUGCAUGCUGAAACAUUGAGACGCCCAUUAAAUUAGUCCUACGUAACUGAGUCCAUGAUCUAGACACACCAUGCAAUUCAUUUCAAAGGUAUAUCAGGCUCUUUGCUAUGGUCGGCGCUGAGCCUAGGACAAAGAAAAAUAUCAUAUUUGAGUGCAUUUUGUCUACCGAUACAAAACCUCCUAUUGACCGUUUGCAUAAACCCACCCAGCUUACAGAAAUUGUAAUAACUACAGUAAGGCUUGAGGUAUCGUAAGACUGACUACUGUAAUGGAUGUGCAUGUGAACCUAUAGACAGACUCGGAAAAUAACUGCACUAAGUUUGUUUGUUUGUCUUUGAACAUAAUGCCAGCACUUUAGAAAUAAUAAAAUAAAAUAUUCUUUCAAAAUGUAAGAGUGAAGGUUGGAGGACAGUCUUAAGUCUCUGGGAGCAACCUUUAAAGCCAUGUUCUUAGAGCACUGACAAUCAGAACAGGGAAGACCCACCUGCACUAUGGGAGAUGUGUCAUCAAUAGCUGGGCUCCUGCUAAUUCCUGCCUUGUUGCUUCCAGCUUUGCUAUUGGUCCAUGUGAGCUACCUACUCCAGAACGGAGGCCUGUGGCAGUGCCAACUCUGGCCCUCAGGGUUGCCUAGGCAACUGCAUGUUCUCUGUGCACCUCUCUCAGCUACUGUAGAUUUGACUGAGAACCUGAUUGAUCUAGGAACUGCUGUGUUUUUUACUCCUAAAUGUCACGGUCAGGAUGUGGAUAGUUUAAGUUGAUCCUAGAGCAGCACUUUGGGAUAACUUAGCUUACUUGACAAAUCUAGGCCUCUGACAACCCACAGGGCAUACACUGCUUGAAUCAACGUUGUUUCCACAUCAUUUCAAUGAAAUGACAUUGAACCAAUUUGGAAUAGACGUUAAAUUGAUGCUUGUCCCCAGUGGGAAGUGACUUUUGACAUUUGUCGAUGUCUGAGAGAUUGAGUUCCAUUAAGCUGGAACCUGGCCGAAAUGGGACAGGAGAAUGGGGUUGGUUUUAAUGGGGGUGGAACUCUGUGACCGCUUUAUAUUUGAAAAGAUAAUGAUUCAAAUGUAUAUGCGCCUUCUGACUCAAGCAUCAAUAAUAUAUACAAGAGAAACACAAGAUGCUACUUUUGAUGUUGCAUAAAGAACAAACAAAUCUCCAUUCCAAAUAUGUUUUUUCCUUCCACCGGCAGUUUUAGUUGAGGUUGACAUUGUGUAGUUCACGAGUAAAUAGAUUUCUUUCAAAUGCAAUACUUUGAAGUCUGCCUUCUAAUAAAACUCCUUACUUCAACAUA